GUGAAAGAAAAGCGAGGCAGCAUCCAGUAGCAGAGGGAGCUCUUUUUCUUCCAAAACCCUACAAACUGCAGCCUUAAGCUUCUUCUUCUUCUUCUUCAACAGCAGAAAACCCUAAUAAUCUAAUCUACUAAUAAAGAUGCCUCCAAAAGCUGCGAAAUCGAAGGAAGCACCUGCUGAGCGCCCAAUCCUUGGUCGAUUCUCUUCUCACCUCAAGAUUGGCAUUGUGGGCUUGCCAAAUGUGGGAAAAUCUACACUUUUUAAUACACUCACCAAGAUGGCAAUACCUGCUGAGAACUUCCCAUUUUGCACCAUUGAGCCUAAUGAGGCAAGGGUCAAUGUCCCUGAUGAGAGAUUUGAGUGGCUCUGCCAAUUAUACAAGCCAAAAAGCGAGGUUUCAGCUUUCUUAGAAAUCCAUGAUAUAGCUGGAUUGGUCCGAGGUGCUCAUCAAGGACAAGGGUUGGGAAAUAGUUUUUUGUCCCACAUCCGUGCUGUAGACGGCAUUUUUCACGUUCUACGAGCAUUUGAGGAUCCUGAUAUUAUCCAUGUAGAUGAUGUUGUUGAUCCAGUGAGGGAUUUAGAGGUUAUUACUGAAGAAUUGCGGCUGAAGGAUAUUGAAUUCAUGGAAAGAAAGCUAGAGGAUCUUGAGAAGAGCAUGAAGAGGAGCAACGACAAGCAGUUAAAAAUUGAGCACGAAUGCUGUCAAAGGGUUAAGGCAUUCAUUGAGGAAGGAAAAGAUGUGCGCCUAGGGGAUUGGAAAGCUGCUGAUAUUGAGAUUAUAAAUACAUUUCAAUUGCUAACUGCAAAGCCUGUUGUAUAUUUGGUUAAUAUGACAGAAAAAGAUUACCAAAGAAAAAAGAACAAGUUUCUUCCAAAAAUUCAUGCAUGGGUCCAGGAGCAUGGUGGUGGACAAAUUAUUCCUUUCAGUUGUGUUUUAGAGAGGACUCUUGCUGAUAUGCCGCCAGACGAAGCAGCUAAGUAUUGUGAGGCGAACCAAGUUCAAAGUGCUCUUAGCAAAAUAAUAAAGACUGGAUUUUCAGCUAUUAAUCUCAUAUACUUCUUCACAGCAGGACCUGAUGAGGUUAAAUGUUGGCAAAUUAGACGCCAAACAAAGGCUCCCCAAGCUGCAGGGACUAUCCACACUGAUUUUGAAAAAGGAUUUAUCUGUGCUGAGGUAAUGAAGUUUGAUGAUCUAAAGGAACUUGGUAGUGAGGCAGCUGUAAAGGCUGCUGGAAAGUAUAAGCAGGAAGGUAAAACCUAUGUAGUCCAAGAUGGUGACAUUAUAUUUUUCAAGUUCAAUGUUUCUGGUGGAGGCAAGAAGUGAAAUCCAAGAAUAUCACCUGAACUAUGCAUGGAGUGUGUGUGCUUCAUGAUGCUGCCAUAAUACCAUGCUGCACAACUUGUAAAAGCUUGGAAUGUAAUUUUUGGACCAUGUUCUAAUUAAAUUACUACUGCUCCUAGUUAGGUUGAAUAAUUCUAGUGGAUUUUGAUCUUAAUUGGUUCCCCAUUCCCAAAUUUGCAAUAUGCUACUCUACAUUUUUAUAGAUGUUGGUGAAUUGAUAUUUACUGCAUGUUAUGGAUCAAUCAAUCAAUCAAUCAAUUUAAUGGUGGGUUCCUUCAUG